CCCCGAUCAUGUGACUCCUCCUCCUCCAUGUGACUGAUCACAUGACGGUGACAUCAUCGCAGGUCCUGUAAGCACACGGCUUCUCUACAGAUACAGGUUUCUCCAAUCCAGGAUCCUCUGCUGAUAUCUUCUAUAUAAUAGAAUUCUCCUGGAUGACCCAUCAACCAUGGAGAGAGACAGGAACAAGAUGGCCGACAGGAUCAUAAACCUCACCCUACAGAUACUCUUCCGGCUUACUGGAGAGGAUUACACAGUAGUGAAGAAGUCCUCUAGUGGGCGCUGUCAGGCCCCUGUGUGUGAAGGAUGGGGAAGAACCCUGAGCCCAAUCCCGGGGCCCCCACCUCACUCCCUGAUACAUGAGGAAAUGGAUGAACAGAAGAUCUUAGAAGUCAUCAACAAGAUGAUGGAGCUGCUGACUGGAGAGGUUCCUAUAAGGUGUCAGGAUGUGGCGGUCUAUUUCUCCAUGGAGGAGUGGGAGUAUGUAGAAGGACACAAGGAUCAGUACAAGGAUCAGGUCAUGAUGGAGGAUCAGCAGCCCCUCACAUCACCAGUCAGAUCCAGUAAGAGAACAGCACCAGAGAGGUGUCCCCGUCCUCUUCUUCCACAGGAUGAUCAGGGUGAAGAUCUGAACAAUAUUAAUGCUCCAGAGACAGAUGUAAGCAGUGAUGAGCAGUGUAAGAAGGACAUUCCUACAGAGAAAGAUCUGAUCUAUAUUAAUGCUACAGACAUAAAGGAAGAAGAGACAGAUGUGAGCGAUGAUGAGCAGUAUAAGGAGGACAUUCCUACAGGGAAAUAUCUGAUCUAUAGUAAUACUACAGACUUAAGGGAAGAAGAAGAGACAGAUAGGAGCAGUGAUAAGCAGUAUAAGGACAUAAUUUCAACAGGGAAAGAUCUGAUUUAUAGUAAUACUACAGACCUAAGAGAAGAAGAGACAUACGUGAGCGGUGAUGAGCAGUGUAAGGAGGACAUUCCUACAGGAAAAGUUCAAAUCUAUAGUAAUACUACAGACUUAAGGGAAGAAGAAGAGACAGAUAGGAGCAGUGAUAAGCAGUACAAGGACAACAUUUCAACAGGGAAAGAUCUAAUCUAUGGUAAUAAUACAGAAUUAAGGGAAGAAGAAGAGACAGAUGUGAGCGGUGAUGAUCAGUAUAAGGAGGACAUUCCUACAGGGAAAGAUCUGAUCUAUAUUAAAGCUACAGACAAAAAGGAAGAAGAAGAGACAGAUGUGAGCAGUGAUGAGCAGUAUAAGGAGGACCUUCCUACAGGUAACCACCCAGAUUCUUGUAGCAGGAGAUCAGAGGAGAAUCUUCUAUCUUCAGAUUAUAAAGCAGAUGAUGAUAUCACACAAGAUACAUAUGAAGAACAUUCCAUUAUCCCAGAUACACCCUCAGCCCUUCACAGCCAAGAUCUGUCAUCUCAUCCUUAUAUACAGGUCCUGUCUUCUCACUCAUCACAGGAUGUUCAGCAAAAUAAAAGCCACAGAAGGGGUGUUGGACAUCAGCAAGCUCAUACAGUAUAUAAACCAUAUUCAUGUUCAGAAUGUUGGAAAUGUUAUACUUCUAAAUUCGAUCUUGUUGUACAUCAAAGAACUCACACAGGAGAUAAGCCAUUUUCAUGCUCAGAAUGUGGGAAAUGUUUUACUUUUAAAUCAAGUCUUGUUACACAUCAAAGAACUCACACAGGAGAGAAGCCAUUUUCAUGUUCAGAAUGUGGAAAAUGUUUUACUGUGAAGCCACAUCUUGUUAAACAUAAAAGAACUCACACAGGGGAGAAACCAUUUUCAUGUGCAGAAUGUGGGAAAUGUUUUUCCCAAAAAUCAAGUCUUGCUAAACAUGAAAUAACUCACACAGAGGUGAAGCCAUUUUCAUGUUCAGAAUGUGGAAAAUGUUUUACUGUGAAGUCAUAUCUUGUUAAACAUCAAAGAACUCACACAGGGGAGAAACCAUUUUCAUGUGCAGAAUGUGGGAAAUGUUUCUCUCAAAAAUCAAUUCUUGUUCAGCAUGAAAGAACUCACACAGAGGAGAAACCAUUUUCAUGUUUAGAAUGUGGGAAAUGUUUCUCUCAAAAAUCAAAUCUUAUUCAACAUGAAAGAAUUCACACAGGAGAGAAGCCAUUUUCAUGUUCAGAAUGUGGAAAAUGUUUUAAUGUGAAAUCAAGUCUUCUUAAACAUCAAAGAACUCACACAGGGGAGAAACCAUUUUCAUGUGCAGAGUGUGGGAAAUGUUUUAAUGUGAAAUCAAGUCUUCUUAAACAUCAAAGAACUCACACAGGGGAGAAGCCAUUUUCAUGUUCAGAAUGUGGAAAAUGUUUUACUGACAAAUCAAGUCUUGUUAAACAUCAAAGAACUCACACAGGGGAGAAGCCGUUUUCAUGCUCAGAAUGUGGAAAAUGUUUUACUGAGAAAUCAAGUCUUGUUAAACAUCAAAGAACUCACACAGGGGAGAAGCCAUUUUCAUGCUCAGAAUGUGGGAAAUGUUUUACUAAGAAAUUACAUCUUGUUCAACAUAAAAGAACUCACACAGGGGAGAAUCAAUUUUCAUGUUCAGAAUGUAGAAAGUGUUUUAAUGUGAAAUCAAGUCUUGUUAGACAUCAAAGAACUCACACAGGGGAGAAGCCAUUUUCAUGUUUAGAAUGUGGGAAAUGUUUUGCUCUGAAAUCACAUCUUGUUAGACAUCUAAGAAUUCACACAGGGGAGAAGCCAUUUUCAUGUUUAGAAUGUGGUAAAUAUUUUACUUACAAAUCAAGUCUUGAUAGACAUGUAAGAGAUCAUACAGGAAAGAAACCAUAUUCAUGCUCAGAAUGUGGGAAAUGUUUUACUGAGAAAUCAAUUCUUGUUCAACAUCAAAGAUCUCACACAGGAGAGAAGCCAUUUUCAUGCUCAGAAUGUGGAAAAUGUUUUACUUACAAAUCAAAUCUUGUUCAACAUCAAAGAAUUCACACAGGGGACAAGCCAUUUUCAUGCUCAGAAUGUGGAAAAUGUUUUACUUACAAAUCAAAUCUUCUUCAACAUCAAAGAACUCACACGGGAGAAAAGCCAUUUUCAUGUACAGAAUGUGAGAAAUGUUUUAGUGAGAAACCACAGCUUGUUAUACAUCAAAGAAUUCACACAGGGGAAAAGCCAUUUUCAUGUUCAGAAUGUAGAAAGUGUUUUACUGACAAAUCAAGUGUUCUUAGACAUCAAAGAACUCACACAGGGGAGAAGCCAUUUUCAUGUGUAGAAUGUGGGAAAUGUUUUAAUAACAAAUCAUAUCUUGUUCACCAUUACAGAACUCACACAGGGGAAAAGCCAUUUUCAUGUUCAGAAUGUAGGAAAUGUUUUACUGAGAAAGCAACACUUAAAAAACAUCUAAGAAUUCACACAGGAGAGAAGCCAAUUCAGAGCAAUAAAUGAUGCAGAUAACACAUCUAUAUAUUAUCCAUGUACAUAGGAUAUCUGACAUUUAUACAUAUAUCAUAUACUGCAUCUCCAAACUUGUUACCAAUUGUUAAUAAAAGUUUUCUUUCUUAUAUGAUUUAUUAUUCUUAUAUUCAUCUCCGCACACUGGACUUAUAAUAAAUGUAAUAUUGUCCCUGACGUUGUAUAUAGGGAAUGUAACGCGUCAGUGUUGUCCCCGCCCCCUUCUCAUUAUGAUUAUAGAGACUUUAAUUCAAGGCAUCAGACAGGAUCCGCGCGUCUCCCUUGAAGAUCGUCUCUUCUGAACAUAAGACGCUGCAGAUACUUUUAUUUAUCACA